UCCUGAUAAAUGAUAAAAAUAAAUAAAUUUCGCUACAAAUUUACAAUAACAAAAAUAAAGUUUUACUUUCCUUUAUAUGUAUAUAUAUAUAGUUGAGUAUUACUAGUUAAAUAUCAAUUAGAUAAAUUUGAAGUCUUAUAUAGUAAUCUGACUAAUAACUUUAAGAAAUGGCAUCUUCAGUUGAGUUUAAGAAUCUAAAAUUAUCAGAAUGUUUUGAUCAAGGUUUAACAUCGUACGAAAACAUUUGUGAGUCAACUGAGCCAUCCAAAGAAUCAGAAGUUCAAUAUAAAAUAAUUAAAUGUAUGAAAAUGUUGGAAUAUGCAACCCAACUUGUUUCUGCAGCUGAAUUGUAUAGUAAUAAUGAGACUAUUGAAGAAGUACCAACAUCUGAUAUAAAAUAUAUGUUGCUACCGUUUAUGUUAGGUUCUCUUGCUUUAAAGCUUACCAAUAAUGGAAAUCGGUUAAAUGUGGUAAAAACAGCUGAAGUAUAUUUCAGAGAUUAUUUGCAAAGGUGCAAAGAUUAUGGUUUAACUGAUGUCACAUUACCUUCUCCAUAUAAUGAAACGGAUGAAACAACAACUCAAUUUUCUAUGGAUUUUACUUUAAUGGCUCGUAGACGUGCAGAAAAAAUUAAAAAUUAUAAAGAACAGAAAUUAAUGGAGUCUCAACUUCAAUUAUUAAAAGAACAAAAUAAAUGUGAAAAUGUAGAAGAAGAAUGCAAAAGAAGCUAUAUUAUUUCUUUACUUAAGUUUAAUGUUAGUAAAGCUUUAGAAGAAAUUGAUUCUCUUCAAGCUGAAAUGAGAAUAUUACAUUACAAAUUAAAAAAUGAAGAUAACCUUGAUCAGAUUAAAGGAUCUAAAAUUAAAAGUAAACCUUUAACACCCAUUAUUAUCACCAAAAAUGAAUUACAAAAAAAAGUUUUUGGUGCUGGAUAUCCUAGUUUACCAACUAUGACUGUUGAAGAAUUCUGUCAACAACGUAUCAAUGAUGGAGUAUGGCAUUUACCCACAGCUGAAAACACAAAAUGCUUGCAACAGUUAGAUGAAGCUCCAAAAAAACAUGAAAGUGAUAAUGAAGAUCAGCUGAAUGAAGAAGUAGAAGAAAAUGAAAGGCAGCGUUUAAAUGCUCGUGAUGAAUAUAAGGAUGAUCAUCGUCGAGGUUGGGGAAACAGAUAUAAUAGAAGUUAAAAGCUUAAAAACAAUUACUAGAUUGUAUAUUUACUUGUUCCAUAUUAUUUAAUAAAAACAUUUUCAAGUUACA